CCAUCUUUGUAUUUUCCACAGGAAAAAAAAAACAAACCAAGAACACAGGAAAAACUGCAGAUUCUGUCGGAAAAUCAGAUUUGAUCGACAAUGGAGUUUGUGAGAGGCGACCACGUGGAAGUCUGCAGCCGGGAAGAAGGGUUCCUCGGCUCAUACUUCGCCGCCACCGUCGUGGAAAGGCUCGCCGGCGGAAAAUUCUACAAGGUGAAGUACAAGAACCUGGUGACGGAAGAGGACGAGUUUCAGCCGUUGAUGGAGACGAUCUCCGCCGCCGAGAUCCGGCCGUCGCCGCCGAGAUACAUCCCCGUCGUGUUCCGCCGCCGUGACGCCGUCGACGCCUUCGACAACGAUGGUUGGUGGGUCGGAGAGGUCACCGGUCGGAAAGAUAACUUGUUCUCUGUCUAUUUCCGUACGACGGGCGACGAGAUCGAGUACCCGUUUAACCGCCUCAGGGCACACGUUGACUGGGUCAACGGUCAAUGGGUUUCUCCUCCUUCUAGUAGUAGAGGUUUGUAGGAAAAAAAAAUCUUCUUUUUUUUUGUGGAUGCAAGUUUUUUCUUUGUUUGAGACGUUACGUGAAUUCCAAGAAACUAUAAAAUCACUCAUAUAGAGCUGUUUUCUAAUAGAUUAAUUUCGA